CUUUCUGAGACUGCACCCCCGAAAAUAAUAUUCCCCUUUUCACUCUCUUUCACUUUUUUUUCUUUUCUUUUUUGUGUGUUUUGAACACUGAUUAAUCGCUCCGCCGAUGAACGAAGCUUCUGCCGCUCUUGAAUCCUCCCAAAUCCUUCAGGUCGCACGGAGCAGCAACAAGGUUUCCGACUCGUUCGAAGAGGGAGGAGGAUUGGCCGUAGCAGGUAAUUUUGAUAUGCAAGAUUCACGGAAGGUGACAAUGGAGAUGGAGAUUUCCUUGGUCCAUGAAGAAAUUGGUGGGAACUCCUCUUCAUUCCCUUCUUCGAAUUCUUCUAACAAAAUCGAGCGUCAAAACUUCUUCCGAGCCGGUUUUGUUGGGAAACCUCCGGGGGGCAAGCACCGGAAGCAAUAUCUUCCUUGUCCAGUUGAAUUUGCAGAGGCGGUGGAUUAUUUCAUGGAACCAGAUUUAGUGAGGAAUUUUACGCAAUUUUCAUUAGGGUACGUGAAUAGUGAGGAGAGACCUCCAAAAAUGAAUUCCAGUAGGUCGGGAUUUGGAGGACAUCAGACCAUGGAGCAAAGAGAGAAUUCCUUCUAUGCUAGCAAUCAAACCCUUCAUUGUGGAUUUGUCAAAGGACCGCCUGGAUCUCCGAGCACCGGGUUUGAUUUGGAUGACAAUGACAAAGCGUACAUGAGCAAAUGUAUAGUUGUUGUAUCCUCCUGCAUUUUUGGCAGCUCUGAUUUCCUAAGAAGGCCUGCUAGCAAAAAUAUGAGUGAGUUUGCAAAGGAAAACGUUUGUUUUGUCAUGUUUGUGGAUGACCAAACACUUGAGAAAAUAUCUUCCGAGGGAAAUAAACCUGACGGUCGAGGAUAUGUUGGUCUAUGGAAAGUAGUAGUUGUGAAAAACUUGCCAUACUCAGACAUGAGAAGAACCGGGAAGGUGCCAAAAUUCUUGUCGCAUCGCCUCUUCCCUUCUUCUCGCUACUCAAUUUGGGUAGAUAGCAAGUUGCGACUUGUUGUGGAUCCGAUGCAUAUCAUUGAACACUUCUUGUGGAGAAAUAAAUCAGAGUUUGCUAUUUCAAAACAUUAUGAUCGUCAGUGUGUAUGGGAAGAGGUACUCCAGAACAAGCGCCUAAACAAAUAUAGCCAUCGGGAAAUAGAUAGACAGUUCUACUUUUACCGGUCUGAUGGUCUCACCAAGUUUGACACUUUAGGCCCAAAUACUCCUCUCCCGAGUUAUGUGCCUGAAGGUUCAUUUAUUAUCAGGGCUCACACGCCAAUGUCAAAUUUGUUUUCGUGUCUAUGGUUCAAUGAGGUUGAACGAUUCACUUCUCGUGAUCAACUCAGCUUUGCAUACACUUACUUGAAACUUAGGAGAUCCAAUCCGGAUAAGCCAUUUUAUCUCAACAUGUUUGAGGAUUGUGAACGGCGAACCCUAGCAAAGUUGUUCCGGCACAGGGUGCUGCAACCGCCACCUACAACUGGCCCUUGAUGCACAGGUAGCAGCAAUAUUAUCAAAUUCAAGCGCUUACCGGUCGGUCACCUUAUACAAGCCUUGGAAAUGGAAUUAAGAAGCUAGGGCCAGAUCAUUUUUCAAUCAGGGUGAGUUCCCAGAGAGUAUAUAGAGAGAGCAAUAAUGCUUAGUUAUAUACCCUUCAAUAUCUGGUGUCCCGGAGCACUUUGCCUACUCUUCCUUUGCGUUUGGACAAAUCAGAUGGAAGUGAUGGUCUUUGCAAGCUGGAGAUUGCCAACUUGCCAUGAGAUUAUCCUUUGAAGCACUCCAUUUCUAGAGUGGAUGAAUACUAACAAAAAUAUAUGGAGGAGAGCUUCUAGGACGGCUCCAGGGACAUGCAAGUAUACAUCACCUUCCUGACCUCCAUAUGUGGUGAUCUCCAUUAUACCAAGUAAAUUCUGGCUAAAUUAUCCUCAAAAGAGGAGAGGACGAGAGACAGAUGGAACUGUAAUUGAAAUAAGGUAAGGGAUUGCAUUAUUCCAUCAAUCCGAGAGAAUAGUGUAGGAUUGGAAAUAUUGGUUAUAUUGGAUUGUUGCAAGUUGUAAGAUAUGUUGUGAAUAAUGAUGAAUUGCAGUUUUGCUCCUGUACAAAUACAAUCCAAUCCAUAUGGGAAAUAAUAUAAGAAAG